CUAAGCAGAGCUGAGCCUGCAUACCUCUGCUGCUGACGACAGCCCUGAUCCCACACACACACAAAGGCACUCUGACACUCACUCACUUCACACACACACUCAUCAUACCAGACUCACAGAGGCGCUGAAACUCAGAGCAGCGCUGGGAGAUGCAGCCGGCUGGCAGCCACUGACACCCUUCAGAGCUCAGUCUAUCCGGACAAGCUGUGCCUUCACCUCCAGGGAGGCCGACACACUCCUACAGCUCAGAGGAAGAGCACUUGACAAAGGACAAUUGAGUGACCUCCAGCAGUUAGACUGCACCUGAUCCCACAUCCUUCAAAGAAAAGGGAACCUGACUCUGGGACAGGAAAAAGGAGCGAUCAUACCCCACCGCUGAAACACGACCCACUGGACGGAGAGACAGAGGGGCCGACGGUCGUCUCUGACACCCUGGGACAAGAGGCAGGAUGCUGGCUAAAAUCCUUGAGGACAUGUGGGUGGAGCCUGAGGUGCUGGAGGCCCUCAGUGAGGAGCAGAAGAGGAUCCUCUUCUUAAAGAUGAGAGAGGAGCAGGUUCGCCGCUGGGCAGAGCGUGAGGAGAAGGAGGAGAGGGAAGGAAGGAGCAACAAGAACACCAGGCCAAAGAAAGCUGACAACAAACACGUAAGGUGGCUGCUGGGUCGGGACGGGGACGUGAGCGUCAGUGUCAUCGGAGAGGUGGACGAGUUCAGGUCCUCCAAACUCCUGCAGAGCCUCAUGAACAACAGAGACCACAGUGAUAAUAUGAAUGGCAUCCAGACGGUGGACUUGCUGCCAGGAAGAGAGGCCCGGCAGCUCGGCUUUAAAGAAGACGUCCAGCUGUCCCUCACAGAUGUUUGCGAUGACUCAGCUUUACCACACGACCAGUGGUCUGAGGAGGACUCCUGCAGCGCCGACGACGACCCCAAGGACCCCGCCGAGGACAGCGGCAGCGAUUCAGGCACCAGCUCGGACAACUGCGGCGACUGGACGCCUUCCUUCAGGACCCAUUUUAGUCACCGUGGCAACCGGCCGCCGCUCAAAUCCCAGCUGUCAGACGCAGAGAGGACCGGAGAGGACAGAGAAGAGAGCAAGUCCAGCUACGGUGGCCGCGUGGCUCAGCUCAGGAAGGCAUUCGCAGAGGAUCCUAACAGCAAACCACCUCCCUCCACUAAACCUCCUUUACCUGCCAAACCUGCUCACCUGCAGAAAAGAAGCACACCUUUGAUCCACUAAAGGUGUGUCCAUCCUGCUCUGAGACGACACUGACACUGUGAACCCACAGAGGCUGAGCCUACUGUGCUGAGAGUAACAAACCCUGAGCGGAAAAUAAUGGCUCAGUUUGACACUGAUGGACCAGGCUGCGGCCACGUACACUGGAAGACAAAGAUCCUUACUUGAACCUGAGCAUGAACUGAGAUACACUUUUGUUAGGCCCCAAAUCACGGGCUGACCUGCAGACAGAGAAAUGUCUGGGGGGGAGGAGAGAGAGAAAGACUUGAAAGCUAUUCAACCAAAGUCAACCUGAAUGAUAAAACGAAGCGGCUUUGAUGUUGCCGAGUUCAAAUUCGCUCACAUAGUUUGUGUGAUUGACAGGCUGACGCAGAGAGACACGCACACAGACUAUUGACUACAGGUGGAAAAACACUCUGGUUCACUUGUUAAAUGAGUGUUAAUGAAGUUGUAUUAUUCAGAAGUCAUAAGGAGAGGUUACUGGGAACUGAACCAUGUAUUCACAUAUAUUCAGGGCCUUCUGUGCUGUACAAAAGCUUUAAUCUGUUUUAUAUGUAGUCCGUGUAACUUGUCAUUG